UCAAUCUUCGAUUGCGCAGCCGAAGCGAUUGAGCAGGUAUGGAAUUUUUUGGUGGCCCUGCGGUUGCAAGUCUCUCGAGGCCGAUGGGGUCCCUUUCUCUGGCGAGCAAUGGCGUAGUGCCUGUACGCCGACAUCCAUCUCUCGUGCCUUUGGUCUCCUGUCUUGCUGCGCGGUGUCCGAGGACCAGAACGGACCAAAGUUUGUGGGGAGAAUACAAUCUGAAGAGCGAACCUCACGGUGGAAGCUUUACUGGUAGACAGGGUGGGAGAAGGUUGAUUGCAGCUGCUGCUAGUUACCGAAGGCCCAGUUAUUCGCAACCUGAGGGGACACCAGAGGGGACACCAGCGUGGUUCUGGCUUAUAAAUCAGCUUCUCAGUUGGACUUCAUCUGCCGGUCGGUUUUUGUUGGAGCAGCCAGGACAGCUUCAGUUCAUCGAAUGGCCAACCGUGAAUACAGUUGUGAGAAUGGCAGUGCUCACGUUGAUUGUCGUGACAUGUCUCAUCGUCUUGCUUGCAACAAUCGACUCCACUAUGAGUUUUGUGCUUGCAAGCUUGCUGCGACGUGUGCCUUGAGAAAACUAAGGAGACUAAGAUAGGUCUUCAACCGUCUGCUUAGCCAGGGCUGCUGGAACCAGGCCAAAAAGUGUUUUCUUAAGACGUGUUGCGCCUCUCUGUUGUGUCCAGUCAAGGAUGUGAACGUUUGUUGGAGGAGCAUAGUUGACCUACUCAAAAUGGGCACCUUAAGGAUCUAUUUCAUCAUGAGGAUUGUGGGAUAAUUCUCAAGCAAGAAUCUAUGAGUUACCUUUUACGGUAUUCCAGCCCGUGUACAGCAGAGUAGAUGUGAAUAGUGUCGGAUCUUUAGGGCAGAAUUACAGGAGCCGGAGAGUAAACGGGAAAGAAUCCACGUCCUUGUGUACAUUGUGUAUCCCAAUUUAUGUUAAACGUCGUGAACAGGCGUACGAUAUAUAGGAUAAGAUCUGAUUAUUUUGUUGCUACGAAAGAUGCAGAAUAAGAGAGACAGGCAGUAGGAAUGUAUAUGGAAACUGCGGUGAACAUGAGGCUGUCUCAAGAGUACACUUCCAGUUUAAUGAAAAAAAUGUAUCCAUCUUUGCCC